AUGACAAAGAAAGCGUUUAUAGCUUUAAUUAUGGUAUUAAUGCUGUGCUAUGGCAAUGCCGAAGUUAUUGUGAUAACUACCGCUAACAAAACAUUUUCAUUCGUUGACAUUCCUGCAAAUUUUGGCGAUCGGCUACCUAAACAAGGUUUAACGGGAACGAUAGUAAAUGCCAUACCAAGGGAUGGUUGUUCUCCUAUUCAACCCCCUCCAUAUACUGGUCCGAAUUGGUUUGCACUAAUACGACAGGGUAAUUGUCCCUAUUCUCCCAAAGUUUACAACGCACAAUUAGCUGGAUAUCGAGCUGCUAUAAUAUUUAAUCGAGAUUCUAAUGAACUAAUCCAAAUGAACGGUGUUUUAUUUGUUAACAAAAUUCAAAUCCCAUCAGUAUUUGUUGGAUCGGAUACCGGAGCCCAAUUAUCAGAUGCCUUCAAUUACAUUUCAAGGAGUACCAUUAUAAUUACUCCAACAUUACCUGUUCCUUGGAGUUAUUAUGUAACCUCUUUAGGGACUGUGGCUGUCACAUGUGUUGCUAUAGUACUAGGCGUGUAUCAAAAUAAAGUAGCUCGGAGGCGCUUAGAUAAAACUGUUCCAAUUUUUAAAUAUUCAGAAGCUUUAGAUUGUCAAGAUAUGUGUGCUAUUUGUAUUGAUGACUUUGCGCUGAAAGAUAGGAUAAGAAUAUUGCCAUGUAAACAUGCCUAUCAUUGCAAAUGUAUCGAUCCUUGGUUUUUGGUAGAAGGAAAGCGCAAUUGCCCGCUUUGCAAGCUUUCUAUAGAUGCUAAUGAUAGCAAUCAGAUUUCAGUCGGUCACGAAACAGUUUCUGCAAGCAAUAAUUUACCGAAUGUGGUAGUAGAUGUCAGUGAAAGCUCGUCUACAGAAAACCUAUUGGAAAGAUCAACCAUCUCGACUGCCGAUCAAUUUAAUGAAGUUACGCCAUUAGUUACACAACAUUCUAACUUAUGA